GACCCGCAGCUCCUUGCUCAGUUCUACUAUGCUGAUGAGGAACUAAAUCAAGUAGCAGCUGAACUGGACAGUUUGGAUGGAAGAAAAGACCCCCAGAGAUGUACACUUCUAGUCAACCAGUUUCGCUCUUGUCAGGAUAAUGUUUUGAACAUCAUAAAUCAAAUCAUGGAUGAAUGCAUUCCACAUGAACGGGCCAACCGAGACUUUUGUGUUAAGUUUCCAGAGGAAAUACGCCAUGACAACCUUGCAGGACAGCUUUGGUUUGGAGCAGAAUGUUUGGCUGCUGGUUCUAUUAUUAUGAAUCGUGAAAUUGAGAGUAUGGCUAUGAGGCCGUUGGCCAAGGAUCUGACCCGAAGCCUGGAGGAAGUUAGAAAUAUCAUUCGUGACCAGGCCUUAAGGGAUUUGAACCUCUACACAGAAAAAAUGAAAGAUUCGCUCAAGCAUUUUGACGUCCUUUUUGCUGAAUUUGAAUUAAGUUAUGUGUCGGCCAUGGUGCCUGUGAAGUCUCCUAAAGAAUAUUAUGUACAGCAAGAGGUAAUCGUACUUUUCUGUGAAACUGUGGAGAGAGCCUUAAGGCUUGGAUACCUCACUCAAGAUAUGAUAGAUGACUAUGAACCAGCUUUAAUGUUUACAAUUCCACGAUUAGCCAUUGUAUGUGGCCUUGUUGUCUACUCUGAGGGACCAUUAAACUUGGACCAUAAACCAGAAGAUAUGUCUGAACUCUUCAGACCUUUUCACACUCUGCUAAGAAAAAUAAGGGAUCUACUUCAGACGUUAACUGAGGAUGAACUGCACACACUGGAACGUAACCUCUGCAUCUCUCAAGAUGUGGAUUUUCCUGUCAGAGCGGAUCCUGAAGUACCCUCUGUCAUUGCACCGGGCAUAACUGCAACUUUGCCUGCUAAGGAGCUUUCAGCAAAAGCUGAAAACACAGAGGCUGAGCUGGCUUGUUCUAUGCAGUAUGAUGAACAGGAGCUGGAACAGCUGAAUAGGAUGGUACACAGAGUCGGAGAUGAAAUGUCGUCUCUGCUUUCCCCUCCAAGCAUCUGUCAGUCUCCAGCUCACAGACCUACCCUAAGAAAUAGUUCUAGCACAGAAGCUUCACCAACAAGGCACCAUCUUGACAAUUUAACUGAUGAAGAGGACAGAGUGUUUUUUAUGGAUGACCUAGAUGGAGCAGGAGAAGCUCUUGCUGGGUUGGAUUCAGUAAGUGAUACUUUUGCUUGGGUGAAUAACCCUUGCCACGAUUCAAAACAGAACCUGCAAUACAGAGACGCUUUGCUGUACGAGAAUGGCCAUCAGACAGAGGAAACUUUGCUUUUAAAAGAUGCUGAAAGUGACUUAAGCAAUAAUAACAAUAUUGAAGAUAGCAAACAGAUGUCUGGCAUCUCAGUUCAGAAUUCAUGCAGCUGUCUAGAAGGUCCGGACUCACAGUUAUACCUCAAUGGCUGGGAUGCAUACGCUGAUGAUGCGGAAAUGGCAGAAGUGAUAGCUCACAGGACAGGGGGAAUGAAAAUAUCUGCUACUGUAAUAUUCAAUCCUAAAUCUCCCUCUAGUUCAGAAUCCCCAGUAACAACUCCAGAAGCAGCUAUUAGUUGUGUUCCUGGGUCUACUAAUCCAUUAGCAAAUGAGGAGGAAGAUGAAUCCCAUAAACUGAGUAUAGCUGCCACAAACUGUCUAAUUAAUUCCUGUGUGUGUUGUGGCAGCUGUGAAGACAGCAGGGAGGACAGUGUUGAAGGUUUAAAGACUAAACAUUCUGCAGGAGGUGUUGUAAAUGCUUCAUACACGUUAGUAAAGUCUAAGGAAAUAGACCAUGUAGAUAACUUGGACAAUUCAGUCCCUGCACAGGAAACAUUAAAACCUGAAACUUCUGCUUUGUUAGCAGAAAGAGACUUUGGCAGAGAAGAGCAAAAACUGCCAUUCUCCUCUAAGUGCCUGGCACAUUCCUCAGGUUCACAGGUAGGAGCAGAAAAUGACUCGCAAGGAGAAGCAGAAAGCAUCUCAAAUCAGCAGAAGUGGGAGAAAAGAAAACAACUAUGUGAGAAAAAACAGGACAACAAUGAAGAUGCUGGUGGUGAAAGGACAGCAAAGGAAGAUGUAAAGUCAAGAUCUAGUUCAAGCAGUUUAAUGACAAGUUCUUGUUCAUCUGAUGACAUCGAUCAGGAAGAAAUCCAGCUCGCUCUGCAGGCUGCUAAAAUUGCCACACGAGAAAAGAUCAGAUCCAGAUUUCAUGGCAGUAAUGAUCUUAUUCACCGCCUUUUUGUCUGUAUCUCAGGUGUUGCUGACCAGCUGCAGACAAACUAUGCUAGUGAUCUGAGAAGUAUCUUAAAGACCUUGUUUGAAGUUAUGGCAACUAAACCCGAAACAGAAGACAAGGAAAAGCAAAAGAAAGUUAAUCAGGGUUUAAGGAAUGCAGCGUUGGAAGACUGUGCUUUAUGUCAAGAAAGUAUAUCAUCCUCAGAACUUGCAGCAAAAGCCAGAGAUGGGGACUUUGAAGAUCCUCCUGACUGGGUUCCAGAUGAAGUCUGCAGCUACUGCACGGCAUGCAAGGCUCCUUUCACAGUCAUUCGCAGGAAACACCACUGUCGGAGCUGUGGCAAGAUCUUCUGUUCCCGCUGUUCCUCCCACUCUGCUCCAUUACCUCGUUAUGGUCAGAUGAAGCCUGUCCGUGUUUGCACUCACUGUUACAUGUUCCACGUCACUCCUUUCUAUAGUGACAAAGCUGGUAUCUGACAUAUUAAACUACUGGUGUAUCUUCUGGAGUCUUACACAGACUGAUAUAUUUGACCUAAGCCAAGAAUUAACUUGAAAGAGGGACCCCGUGAGGGCGUGUAGGCUUUGACAUCCAUUAUUAUAAAUUUUGUACAGACAGUUUUUAUUGCAUUUUACUAAGCUGCUAAAGGGAAGUAUGAAGCGUCUGUAGCUCUAAGGCUACAGUACAGUCUUCCAUAAAUUUCUAACAUUAAUGUUACGAUGCCAUAUGCAGAACAAAUGCACUGUGUGGACGGAAAUAGGGCUCAGAGAAUUGAACAAGCAUUGCUGCUUAUCUGACAUGGUAGGAACAGAGUAGCCAGUUAACUAGUCCAUCCCAGCAAAUCAGUCCCAAAGCUCGGACACUUCUGUGCUCACUACAAUACCAGCAUGGCUGUGGAUGUCAGCGCUUGCCCUCCUGCUGCGGUUUAACUUUCCCACCACUAGAUUUUUUGCUAGCUAUGCUAGGAUUAAUUAAAGCAAA